UCUCAUGUCAUCAUCAGCCUGUCGCCGCUCUUGGAAAGGAAAAUAAUUUUUCACUUUUAUUUUUCCUAAAAUCCAUCGUGUUGCUCCAAAAAUUCCAGACCGGAAUUGUAGGGAAUAAAGAGAGGAAGGUCUGAAAAAUCAAAAAAACAACAUGCUUAGGGUCACAAAACAUAUCGCGCAACGCGAUGCAACCAAACGGGUGACGUAUCUGUGCCAUAAAAUUGUGGUUUCUUCCAACUCAAACUAUUCCACAUUGAAUCAUCGUUUCGGUGGUGGCAGUUAUCAUCGGCAACAACAGCAUGGUAGUAAUGGUCAAGGCAGCGGCGGCCAACACUUUCGUAGCGAUUUUCUAGCGCCGCAUGGUCCUAAGGCCUGGACCAUACCACCAAAUCGUGGUUACGGCAUGGUUGUUGUCCGUAUACUGCGUGGUGCUUUGAAGCUACGCUAUUUGCUAUUAGGUGGUGCUAUUGGUGGUGGCAUGACUCUAAAUAAGAAAUAUGAGGACUGGAAAGAUGGUCUGCCCGAUCUAAAGUGGCUGGAGGAAGCCUUGCCUCAGGGUGAAAAAUGGAGUCAAUUUUCGAAAACUUUAAUGGAAAUUGGCGGUGCUGUUAAGGAUGUCAUCGAAAUUGAUCCCCGCCUGAAACAACUCGGAGAGGACAAGGUAAACGAGUGGAGACAAUGGUUUGAUAAUCGUUUGGAUGAUGCCAUCGAAGCAGCGGAUUAUCAAGGGGUGGCAAUAGUCGAAUCCAAAGAUGAUAUUAAAUCUAAGACUACAGUUGCUGCGUUGAGUUUAUCGCAAGAUGAAAGCCGCAAAAAAUAUGAUAACCUCCAAUCACAGGUUGAGACCUUACAAACAGAAAUCAUGAAUGUCCAAAUAAAAUAUCAAAAGGAAUUGGAAAAAAUGGAAAAGGAGAAUCGAGAAUUGCGUCAACAAUUUCUAAUACUCAAACAGAAUAAGAAAACUAGCACAAAGAAAAUUAAAAAAUCACUCAUUGAUAUGUAUUCCGAAGUGCUGGAUGAGCUAUCAGGCUAUGACACCAGCUAUUCCAUGGCCGAUCAUUUGCCUCGCGUUGUAGUGGUAGGUGACCAAAGUAGUGGUAAAACUUCAGUGUUGGAAUCAAUCGCCAAGGCAAGAAUUUUCCCAAGGGGAAGUGGUGAAAUGAUGACUAGAGCCCCAGUUAAGGUGACCCUAGCUGAAGGCCCCUAUCAUGUGGCGCAAUUUCGAGAUUCUGAUCGUGAAUAUGAUUUAACCAAGGAAUCUGAUUUAUCAGAGCUGCGUAGAGAAGUGGAAUUUCGUAUGAGAGCCUCAGUGCGAGGCGGCAAGACUGUGAGCAAUGAAGUCAUAUCGAUGACUGUUAAAGGUCCAGGAUUGCAGCGGAUGGUUUUGGUGGAUUUACCUGGCAUUAUAUCGACAAUGACUGUGGAUAUGGCCUCGGAUACCAAAGAUUCUAUACACCAAAUGACCAAACAUUAUAUGAGUAAUCCAAAUGCCAUUAUUUUGUGCAUACAAGAUGGCUCUGUGGAUGCCGAACGCAGUAAUGUAACCGAUUUAGUAAUGCAAUGUGAUCCCUUGGGACGUCGCACCAUCUUCGUACUUACAAAAGUGGAUUUAGCCGAAGAACUGGCAGAUCCAGACAGAAUUCGUAAAAUUCUCUCUGGCAAAUUGUUCCCCAUGAAAGCUUUGGGUUAUUAUGCUGUGGUCACUGGUCGUGGACGCAAAGAUGAUAGCAUAGAUGCUAUAAGGCAAUAUGAAGAGGAUUUCUUUAAAAAUUCCAAAUUAUUCCACAGACGCCGUGGCGUCAUCAUGCCCCAUCAGGUAACCAGCCGUAAUCUAAGUCUGGCCGUAUCCGAUCGUUUUUGGAAAAUGGUAAGAGAAACUAUUGAACAACAGGCGGAUGCUUUUAAGGCGACCCGUUUCAAUUUGGAAACGGAAUGGAAGAACAAUUUCCCCAGACUACGUGAAUCUGGCCGCGACGAACUUUUUGAUAAAGCCAAGGGUGAAAUUCUCGAUGAAGUUGUAACUCUAUCACAAAUAUCGGCCAAAAAAUGGGAAGAGGCUCUUAACGAUAGCCUAUGGGAUAAAUUGUCGAACUAUGUUUUCGAGAAUAUUUAUCUGCCCGCUGCUCAGUCAGGUUCUCAAAAUUCCUUUAAUACCAUGGUGGACAUUAAAUUAAGACAAUGGGCUGAACAAGCUUUGCCAGCCAAAUCUGUGGAAGCUGGCUGGGAAACUUUACAAAAAGAAUUCAUAGCACUCAUGGAAAAGGCGAAAAAGUCUCCCGAUCAUGAUAAUAUAUUUGAUAAUCUUAAAGCUGCCGUAGUCGAUGAAUCCAUACGCAGGCAUACAUGGGAAGACAAAGCCAUCGAUAUGUUGAGAGUUAUACAAUUGAAUACCCUUGAGGAUCGUUUUGUCCAUGAUAAAAGUGAAUGGGACCAGGCUGUGAAAUUCUUGGAAACAUCAGUUAAAGCGAAAUUGGCCCAAACUGAAGAAACUUUAAAUGAAAUGUUUGGACCUGGCCAAUUCACUCGUUUGACACAUUGGAAAUCUCUGACAGAGGAUCAAAACAAAAGACGUCAUGUGAAAACAGAAUUGGAUAAAAUACUUAGGAAUGAUGAUAAACAUAUACCCACUUUGUCCUAUGAUGAGCUAACAACAGUACGUAAAAAUCUUCAAAGAGAAAAUAUCGAGGUAGACACUGAUUAUAUUAGACAAACAUGGUUCCCUGUCUACAGAAGACAUUUCCUAAAACAAGCUUUACAUAGAGCAAGUGAUUGCCGUAAGGCCUACUACCUUUACAGCCAACAAGGAGCUGAGUGUGACAUAAAUUGCAAUGAUGUGGUUCUCUUUUGGCGUAUUCAACAAGUCAUACGGGUGACAGCUAAUGCACUGCGACAACAGGUUAUUAAUCGUGAAGCCCGAAGACUGGACAAAGAAAUCAAAGAAGUUCUAGACGAGUUUAGUGAAGAUGAAGAAAAGAAAUCCCAUUUGCUUACAGGCAAGAGGGUAACAUUAGCAGAAGAAUUAAUUAAAGUAAGACAGAUCCAAGAAAAAUUGGAAGAGUUUAUAAAUUCAUUGAACCAAGAAAAGUAGAAACAUCGGCAUAAAUCAACCAUUCUCUCUUCAUAAACAAACCAACAAAAAGAAAACAAUUAAUCAAAGAUCUUUUGUUUUUUAUUAAUAAGUCAUUAAAUUAGUGUCUAGUCCUGAUCUUUAUAUAGUUUUGUAUUUAAACUAUUUAUAUACUACAUACAUCCACCACUUACUUACCUAAAUCUGUGUUGAGUUUUCUUUUGUUCAUGACUCGACGAUUGACUUGCAUUCUGUUUUUCAAGCCUAUUGUAUUUUUGUUUAUUUUAUUUUUAAGCUUUUGAACUCGUUAGAAUAAAGAUAUUCGUAAUGAAAACUUUUAAAAGUA